GUUCACCGUGUGGAAACUACGGGGCCCGGCGGAGGUUCCGCCGGCGAUUGUUUCCCACCCCCCUCCAAAAUCCCCCAUCCCCCGGCUUCCUGAACCUUAGCUGUUGUUGAGGGGGGUGCGUGAAAAGAUUAUCGACUGAUUGCCUGAGGAGCCGGGUGGAGAGUUGAAGCAGGAGGGGGGGAUUAAUUCGGUACCACCUCCUCCUGCUGCGGGGAGAGGGGCUUCCCCUCCAUCAAUGACUUGGAGCCUGAGCUGAAGUUUGUAAAUGAUUCGUUUCCAUUUGGAUCCAUGAGGCGGGGAAAAGCCUUUAGCACAAAGGAAGAGCGGGAUUUUAACCAACUCUCUCUUAAAUCAGUGUCUUUUCUUGGCCGGAUUGAUCAUGUGCAGCAGCCUGUGAGAAUUUGACUCCACACACAAAGUUUCAUGUUGAACUCUGCAAUCACUGGAAUAAUUUAUUUAUUUAUUUGACUGGUUGGGGGGGGGUUGUCUCUCUCUCUCUCUCUCCCUCUCUCUCUUCCCUGGCCAUGAAUAACCUGUCUCUGAGUGAGCUCUGCUGCCUCUUCUGUUGCCCUCCCUGCCCGGGUCGGAUUGCCUCCAAGCUGGCCUUCCUGCCCCCCGAGCCCACCUACGCGCUGCUGGCCGACGAGGCCGGGGGCCGCUGGAGCCUGCACCUGUCCGAGCGGGCUGACUGGCAGUACUCGCAGCGGGAGAAGGACUCCAUCGAGGCCUUCAUGACCCGCACCAGCCGGGGCAACCGCAUCGCCUGCAUGUUCAUCCGCUGCUCGCCCAGUGCCCGCUUCACCCUGCUCUUCUCGCACGGCAACGCCGUGGACCUGGGUCAGAUGAGCAGCUUCUACAUCGGCCUGGGCUCCCGUAUCAACUGCAACGUCUUCUCCUACGACUACUCGGGCUACGGGGCCAGCUCCGGGAAACCCUCCGAGAAGAACCUCUACGCCGAUGUGGACGCAGCCUGGCAAGCCCUCAGGACCAGGUAUGGGAUUCGUCCAGAAAAUGUGAUCCUGUAUGGUCAGAGUAUAGGCACAGUACCUACAGUGGAUCUGGCUGCUCGAUAUGAAUGUGCUGCGGUUGUCCUUCACUCGCCCUUGAUGUCUGGUAUGCGUGUAGCCUUUCCAGACACCAAGAAGACCUACUGCUUUGAUGCGUUCCCCAACAUCGACAAGAUUUCGAAAAUAGCCUCUCCAGUGCUGGUCAUCCACGGAACUGAAGAUGAAGUCAUCGACUUCUCACAUGGGUUGGCAUUGUAUGAACAAUGUCAGAGGCCAGUAGAACCGCUGUGGGUGGAGGGAGCUGGUCACAAUGACGUGGAGCUUUACGGACAGUACCUUGAAAGACUGAAGCAGUUUGUUUCUCAAGAACUGACAAAUUCUUAAAUGAAAUUUUAAUAUGCAGGGGCUUUUUUUUUUGGCUUUUUUUAAAAAAAAAUUGAGACUGCUUUCCAUUUUUUCAUUGUCAAAGCAUAUAUGCAACUAUAUUCUAAGAGAGAACAGCCUUAAGAGGGCUUUGUUUGCAAAAUCAAGUACUGCCCUUAGGAUUAUAGAGAUUUGUAAACAUAAAAAAUAGUGAUAAUUGAUGCCAGUAUUUAUAAGAAAAACUGGAGCAUGUAGUCAGUUUGUCAAAUUGGUUUAGUGACACCCUAAAAAAAAAUUACAUUUCUUCCCCCAUUCUGCUGUUCAGAAAUGAGAUUAAUAAUGUACUGUAUGAAAUGUUUUCUCGCGUAAUCAUGCAUUUGGUUAAUUGCUUUGUGUAUAUUGCCAAAUGGAUUCACAUAUCAAUUAGGAAGAGAAUUGGAUUGAACAGGCCUUCUGGAAUACAUCUUAGUAAAUCAACCUCAGUUUUCACACUAAGCAAAAGUAUUGCGGAUGCUGAAAAUCUGAAAUUUAAAGACAGAAAAUGGUGGAAAUUCACUCAACAGGUCAGGCAGCAUCUGUGGAGAAAGAGAAACCGAGUUAAUGUUUCAGGUUGGUGACCAUAUGUUAGAGCAGGUUUCCACCUUGUGGUGUAAAAUUCUCAAUCAAGGCAUCGAUCCUGUUGUGUACAUUUUCACCUAUGAUGUAAAAUCUUUAGUGGGAUUACAGUCAUUUUUUAAAAAAUAAUUAAAAUAUUUUAAAUCUAAAAUGCUGUGUUAAUAAAAUCUACACUAUUUAUUUAUGCUCAAACCCUUUUCAGGAAGCUGACCAGAUAUUAAUGUGUGAAGACCAUAGUGCAGGCUGCGUUUUUCAAUUCGGUGAAAGGACUUGAAUUUCCAACAGUCAUACUUAUACUAAUAUGUAAUAAAAAUCUAAUGUAAUACAAGCCUGAGACAUGUAGCUGCUGAAUUAUUCAAUGCUCCAAUUAUGUGUUUAGCAGGGGACUGGAGGUGAGAAGUACUUUGGGGAGGGGGAGGCGGUGUGUGGGUGGGCAUAGGGGCAGUACCUUCAAAGUUGAAAGAACAAGAAGCAUUUGCCCAUUACACAAGGCUCAUGCUAUUGAGCAAAUUCGAUGCAGUCAAAUAACACAUGCAGCUUUUCGGGGAAAGCUGACAUUAAAAUAGCAUUUAAAAUUCUCCAGCUGCGUUUCUUUUAUAAAUUUCAGUGCACGGGGAUUCGUUUUCAAGUGCCGAAUUUACUAAGAUGCUCAACCGAAAAAUUAUAUAUACAAUUUUUUUGCACAAUUUUGACAAAUUGUGGCCACUCAGGUUUUGAUUUUGUUUUGCUGAUCAUGUGAAUAAACUGUGGUUUCAGAACACACAUCAUGUACUAUAUGUAAAUACAAGGGAGAUGGUAGGUAAAACAUAGUUAAUGUCCCUGUCUUGAAGUAUUUUUUUCCAUUUUGUUUUAAAAGUCUCUUAUGAUGAAGUAGUUUUUCUCUUUUUCCCCCCCCCCCCCCACCUUUUCAUGAGGAUGGGAUAGGGCUGGCUGCAGGGGGGUGCCAAGUCAUGUAGAAUUGGACACUAAUCUAAUUAGAUAGAGGAUGGUUUUAACAGAAAAUAACUAACAUACUGUAAUACAGCGUUCUUUUCUGAUGUAUUCUCCCCCCACCCCACCCCCACCCCCAAAAACCGUGUCCCUUGUCCCCCUAGUGUUGUGUAUGUUAAGCUUUCUAACAAUUAUAGGGCAAUGUGGAGUGAAUGCAUUUAAAUGGUUAAUGCAGAGUGUUGAAUUCUUUAACGGAAGAGUCAGGUUUUAACACUAUGGUACUCGGAGUAGCCUUAUGGAAUUAUGACUUUUUAAUAAUGUGAACGUGUAAAUGCUUGUAUUUCUUGUAUUUGAAUUUUUAUGCUGAUGUAUAAUCCCAUAUUUCUGUAUAUCAUGAUGAAGUGCUAUUUAGCAGUCACUUGUAUCUUGCCUGUGGAAUAACUGUACAAGUCUGAUUUAUACAUUCAGUGUCAAAUAAGGAGCGGCAAGCAGGCAUUGCCAGCGUUGAUGCAACAUGCUUUGUUUUGGUAGCGCUAUAUUCAGAGCUCAGUACUUCAGGAGCCAAUUGUUAUACUUUGCUGAAGUACUCAUUUUGAAAGACUGAUUAUGAAAAAGGACCUGGUAUCUUCCGGAUAAGUCUUUCAAAGUGUAAUUGGCAUCCAUCUGUAUUCCUUAACCCACCCUGAAUCCACUCAUUGCUGGAAAAUAUCUGUAGUAUUCAUUCUUUGAACUGCCCCCGCUGUGUGAAGUAUUCGGCAUGUUGCUGGUAGCAUGGAAUUAACAUAUUAUCCUGCAGUUUCACGAUGCAUACUGUGUUGUUCUCACUUGUUGAUCUUUUGAGCUAAAAUCCAACAUGAAUUUAUAACCCAGAUGUGAUAGUUCAGUUUUGCACAUUUCAGCAAGCAUUCUGGUAUAAAUGCUCCCAUUUGCAAAUCCACUGGCACUGCACAGACCCAGGAUAAUCUCAUCUGCCCAAAUGGCAGCAGAAUUCUCCUGUGUAUGUGGGCCCCUGGCACUGCUGAUCAGCUACCUCAGUAGUAUGCCAGAUUGGAAGAAGACCUCACUUGUGCUCAUUUCAUAGAGGUUGGAAGACCGAACCCAAAUGCCCCACACUCAUACAUUAACUGUAACACAUGUUCUGUCUUUCCAAGUGACUGGAUGUAUCUUUGUGUUGCACAGACAUCGCAAUAAUAAGUUAUCCAUUUUUUUUUAAAUGAAUGGAAUUGAACACGCAAUCAGCUGUGUUCUUCCUGAAUUUGAUGGAUUGUAAGCUCAGUUCCAUCCAUCAGAAUGGACUAUUGCUCUCAACACAGUGCCGGUAUGAUAUUUCACCUGUGUGUGUGUGUGUGUGUGUGUGUCAUUUCCAACAUUUAUAAAAGAGCAUUGUGACUGCUUGUAGCUCCUUCCGGCUCUUACUUCUCAGAAAUCCAGUGAGAAGCAGCAGAGGUGAUCUGGAUGAGGUGAAACGGAUGGGUUACUUAGCUGGGUGGAUAACUUGAACAGCUGGGAUAGUAGCAAUUGCACAUUACCAGCCUAAACAGAUAGGUGCCAUAUAUUAAACCACUUUAAAAUUGCGUGAAAUCUGUGUUUUAUGUAACCAUUGUUUAAAUGUGAGUUAAAUGGAGUGGCCCGUGGCAAAUGAAAUUCUCUCAUCCUUUUUACCGUACUGACUACUGAGCAAAUUGAAAUUACCUGUACCUCUUUGUUUUGCUUUUUUCUGUUUUACCUGAUGCAGACAGAUUGGUACUUUUAUUAUUAGAGAUGAAUUAAACU